UUGCGCUGCCCUUACCCCGCUAGUACUGUAUGUGUUGCGGCUGAUUAAUGGAGACGUAUGGUGGUUGUUAGUGUCGCGAUGUCCCCUAUACAGACAGCUAAGGCAGAAGAAGAGGAAGUGGUUAACUGCAUGAUACUGAAUAUGGACAGCCCUUUGUUUUCACAAUUUGUCAGUGGGAUUUCCAGCACGGUGCCCUCUUCCCAAUCUAAACUAUACAGCAGCUGGUCUCUGUUUGAUGAAGCAAGCUCUCCAUCGGUAUCUGAUUUUCGGCAAAAAAGUGUACCACUUGCACUUUCUGACAAUGGAAACUGUAAAGAUGUUUUGGGGAUAGUUUGCAAUAUUCCAGAGGAACCAGUGACUGAUUGGGACUCGCUAUCUAAACUUUUUCCUCCAUUAUGGACUUCAAAUAUUAAUGAUCACAAAGAAGCAUCAGAAUAUUUUACUAAUACUCAUUCAGCAGACGGAAAUUUGUCAUCUUUUAAUGGCUCUGAAAGUUUUGGAGAACAAGUAAGAAAACUACCAGACUUAGAGAGCCUUCAAAAAGGGUUUGAAGAUCUUGGUUUACUGGAUUCUUGGGUAUCCCAGGCUGACACAUGUAAUUUUGGAAUGGAGGACCUUAUUAAAGAUGUUUUCAUUGAGAAUCCUACUUUAAUAAAAAAUUCACCAUUUGAGCUGAAUGAGGGAUCUAACCAAAUCAUGGAAGAUUACAUCAAGUUUCCAAGUAAUGACCACAGAACAAUUGGUGCUGAUGUGAACACUAAUUUUCAGAAGAUAUCUAAUCCUCAGAAGCCAGUGUGGAAAGCUGAGAAAGUAAGGGGAAAGUUUGUUAAAAAUAAAAACAUAAAUCUUGGUAAUUCACCAAGUUCUAGAGAAUUAUGGAAUAAAGAAAUGGGCCCCAAAACCUACAAUGACUUUUCAUACUUAAAAUCUUAUUCAGCUGCCAACCAACCACCCAUUUACCAUAACCAGCAGCUACCUGAAGAAGAAACCUUUCUUGCUACCAUGAAUAGAAAAUCCUACUAUGAUGAAAUGGAAAGUAAUUAUAACAUGUUCUCUAAGGUUGGCAACUUUGAAGGUCCUGAAAACCUCAAUCCUCAUAGCCCAAAGGAAAAUUUUACAAAGCCCCAUGGAUUUGAUUCUCCUAUUAGUGCUGUUCAUCAAAAUGAGAACCUUCAUGCAUCCCCUACAUGGUUAGAAAGUGACCAACUAAGUUUGCAAAUCUCCAUAUCCAGUCCACUUCAGUCUCCUGUUAGGGCUACCUUGUCAGAUUGUUCACCAAAACAUCACCCAACAUCUCAUUCUGCUUACUUCUCACCAGCAUCUGCUACACACUCAUUGGUUAAGGAGGGUCCCUCACAAUUAAAUAAUACUUCUAGUAAACUAGCAUUUCCUAGUUCCAUUGAAGAAAACCAGAGAUCUGAAAAGGCAUUUAGACACUCCCCUCCUAUUAAAGAAGGCAUGUAUAAAAAAACACCUGUUGGAUUACAACCCCCUUGGCAUGGUGCCAUUCAUAAUAACUCUGAAAGAUAUCCCUCUUUACCCAAAAAGCAGAACGCACAGAAUAACAAUAGUGAUAAAAGAGGAGGAAGAAGACACUGGAAUUCUCAACAAGUUAAUAUGAGACUAAAUCAAGCGCAACAUAACCAGUUUCGGAGGAAGCAAAAUCCAAAUGUUGGCAAUGUAUCUGACUUUAUCAACAGCUCCUUUCUCCCAUCUUUCUCAAAUUCCGAUUUUAAGCAGAGCCAGAAUUUUCUUUCCUUUAAUCCACAAACUUUUUCUUCACCAGCUAGCUUUGCCUUUCCUCCUCCAUUUCCAUUGUCAGAUCUUAUUGAUCUUUUUCACUAUGAAGAUUUGAACCAUCUGAGUCCUUUUAUUAAUGAUCUUUUUUGUGGUGAAAUUCCCUCAUCAUAUUAUGCAUUCCCCACUUCAUUUAACCGAUAUAGACCCCCAAGGAAUCGCAGUGGCCCCUCCAAUGAGCUUCAUACUCAACUCGAGGAAUGCUGUGAGCAAUGGCGAGCAUUGGAGAAAGAAAGGAAAAAGUCGGAAGCGGACCUCGCCAGAAACUUUCCUGGGAAUCGAGUUUCUAGCUCUUACAGUUCAACAGUCCCCAGGCUUCCUACAAAUCCAUCCAGAGUUGACCGCUUAAUUGUGGAUCAGUCAAGAGAGCAGGCUAGGGCUGUUUCAUUAGUCCACAUAAUGGAAAGACUUCAAGGUUCUGCUCUUCAUGGCAAUAUCACUCUUGCGCUGGAACAUCAUUUAGAAGCAAUCCACUUGACACAAGCCCGACGUAAGGAUGAGAUAAUAAAUGCCGCUAAUCGCCAAAAGCAAGGAGUACCCAGAUAUAAUAACGAGAAAGAUGUUCUUGGUUUGGCAGCUGCCAUAAAAGAAAUGGUCUGUUCUACACGCAAAGCCCGUACUGCCUUAUGGUGUGCUCUGCAGAUGACACUGGCAAAAUCUUCCUCGGGGACCGCAGCAAAGAAAGAGGAUGUUGAAAGGGCAUUGCAAGAGCUUUUCCCGGAAAAAACUCCCAUUUUCUGUGUGGAAAUCUGCCCAGAUGUUGUUGGCAAAAAAGAAAACGAGGAAGAGCAGUUCCAGAACUCCAGCUAAUAAUGAGUCCCGUGCGGCAAUAACCUACUCGCUCUGAUACAAAGUGUAGCACUGCAGUGUUUAUACACAUUUUGGAUAUAUGUUUGGCCAUUAAAUAGCGCCUUGGUGUA